AUGCAUGUCCGCACGGCAUUGCACUUGCUAUUCGGGUGUUGGCUUACCGUCCCCAUCCUAGCCAACCUUGCCGUACAUGAUCACACGUUCAAGCCCGACCAUAUCCUCAGAGUCUCUCUUCGCCAUGUGCCACUUGCUUGCGAGAGCAGAGAGGACGUCGUCGUCAACGGCGUGUCCCCCGGCCCGGUGUUACGCAUACCCGAAGGCGCCAGAACCUGGAUCAGGGUCUACAAUGACAUGAAAGACAAGAACCUGACGAUGCACUGGCACGGCGUGACCCAAAGAUUGGCGCCCUUUGCAGACGGAACCCCUCAGGCUACACAAUGGCCAAUUCCCCCCGGACACUUCUUCGACUACGAGCUCGCCCCCGAAAUCGGUGAUGCUGGCACCUACUUCUACCACUCACACGUCGACAUGCAGGCGCUGAGCGCUACUGGGCCGCUGAUCGUGGAAGAUUGUGGAAAACCGCCAUACCAUUACCAUGACGAGCGAAUCUUGCAUUUUCAAGACUACUUCGAGAAGUCUGACCAUGAGAUGAUGAAGGGCCUGAAUGCCGUGCCUUUCGUCUGGCCUGGCGAGACCCACGCCGUCAUGCUGAACGGCAAAGGUGUUGCGAAGGGCCGGUCGGCCGUUGCUGGGCCGCGUGGCGGGAUAAACGGUUAUUUCGGAAGCCUUGAAGGUCGCCGCCCGCCAGGUUCUGACCCGGGGUGCGUCGACGGUCAACCUGAUGAUUGUUGCAGCAAGGUGGGACCCCGCGGCGAGGGUGACGGCGAUGAUGUUGCCGGCCCUUAUGAGGCGGCCUCUUCGGGUCUCGAUGGCACCUCGAAAUCCCAGGGGCCGGUGCCAGUGCGACGGGGGAAUUAUCUCGACAUCAGGAGCGACUGCACUCUUCCCGUCAUUGAUGUUGAACCCGGAAAGACUUAUCGGUUCCGCUUUAUCGGUGGCACUGGCCUUUCAUUUAUGGCACUGGGGUUCGAGGACCACAGGAAUCUGACAAUCAUCCAAGUCGACGGUACCGAAUACAACAUCCCUGUGACGACCAACCAUCUCCAGCUCGGCGGUGGCCAGCGGUUCGAUGUUCUCUUCCAAGCAAAGACGGCUGAGGAGCUGAAGAGAAUGGGCAACAAAUCCACGUUCUUCCUGCAGUUCGAGACCCGCGAUCGGCCGGAAACAUACCGUGGAUAUGGUGUUCUGCGUUACAAUCCCAAUUCCCCGGUCCCUGCAGCGCCGUCGAGGCCGGUCCUCAGCCUUCCCACCCAAGCCAUAGAUUGGCUAGAGUACACGUUCCGGCCGCUUCACCCAGAGAAGAGCCAAUGGCCGUCUGCAGAAGAAGUCAACCGGCGCCUCAUCAUCGACAGCGUGCAGAAGCUGGACAACACUACUGGCCAGCUCGUCUGGGAACUCGCUCAUCUUUCUUACAAAGACACGUCCAAGCAUACACCGGUGUUGAUCGACAUUUACCAACGCGGUGCGGCCGCAAUUCCCAACUAUGAGGCUGCGCUCAAGAACUAUGGCUGGGACCCCGCAACAAGACUGUUCCCUGCCAAGGUUGGCGAGGUGAUUGAGAUCAUCUUCCAGAACACAGGUUCUCAGCACUUGCCGGUGAGGGGCUUGGUCGAGUCGCAUCCGUUUCAUGCGCACGGCAAGCACUAUUGGGAUAUUGGCAGCGGGCCGGGCAGAUACGAUGCGGAUGCCAACAACGCAAAGAUUGCCCGGCUGGGUUGGAAGUCCACUUUGAGGGAUACCACCAUGCUGUUCCAGUAUCGGAACCGCGUGACUCCCGGGGAGGUGACGGGUUGGCGAGGCUGGAGGAUGCGCAUGACGGCGCCGGGCGUGUGGAUGAUACAUUGCCAUGUACUUGCACACAUGAUGAUGGGCAUGCAGACUGUUUGGGUGGUUGGCGACGCGGAUGAUAUCAUCAAGAUUCCGCCGAACUUGAGCAAGGAGUAUUUUACAUACGGAGGCAGUGUGUACGGCAACGCUACGCACCCUCCUCGUGUCUACGAGUACUUUGAUGAAGGCAAUAAGUGCCGCUCGGCCGGCUACGGUGCGACUGGAGACCGUACCCGCGACUCGUGA